AGGAGGCCAGGGGGCGGGACCUGCUGGGUAUUAAAAACAUCAGUCCAGACUCUGCAGGCCUCUUGUCCCAGCCUUCCCAGCAGGAAUUUGACCAAAAUCAGUGAUGACGACUUACAGCAACCAAGGAGAGAAGCCCGAGAGAGGCCGAUUCCUACACUUCCACUCUGUGACCUUCUGGGUUGGCAAUGCCAAGCAGGCUGCAUCAUUCUACUGCAGCAAGAUGGGCUUUGAACCUCUAGCCUACAAGGGCCUGGAAACAGGUUCCCGGGAGGUUGUCAGCCACGUGAUCAAGCAAGGGAAGAUUGUGUUUGUCUUCUCCUCCGCCCUCAACCCCUGGAACAGAGAGAUGGGCGACCACCUGGUGAAACAUGGCGACGGUGUGAAGGACAUCGCAUUUGAGGUGGAAGACUGUGACUACAUUGUGCAGAAAGCCCGGGAGCGUGGCGCCAAAAUUGUGCAGGAGCCCUGGGUAGAGCAAGACAAAUUUGGGAAAGUGAAGUUCGCUGUGCUGCAGACGUAUGGGGACACUACACACACCCUGGUAGAGAAAAUGAACUACAGCGGCUGCUUCUUGCCUGGAUUCGAGCCUCUAGUGUUCACGGACCCCUUACUUUCCAAGCUGCCCAAAUGCUAUCUUGAGAUUAUCGAUCACAUUGUAGGAAACCAGCCUGAUCAGGAGAUGGUGUCUGCCUCAGAGUGGUACCUGAAGAACCUGCAGUUCCACCGUUUCUGGUCCGUGGAUGACACACAGGUGCACACGGAGUACAGCUCUCUGCGCUCCAUUGUGGUGGCCAAUUAUGAGGAGUCCAUCAAGAUGCCAAUUAAUGAGCCAGCACCAGGCAGGAAGAAGUCCCAGAUCCAGGAAUAUGUGGACUAUAACGGGGGUGCUGGGGUCCAGCACAUCGCUCUCAAGACCCAAGACAUCAUCACAGCGAUUCGCCACUUGAGAGAGAGAGGCUUGGAGUUCUUGGCUGUUCCACCCACAUACUACAAGCAACUCCGGGAGAAGCUCAAGUCGGCCAAGAUCCGGGUGAAAGAGAGCAUUGACACCCUGGAGGAGCUGAAAGUUCUUGUGGACUACGACGAGAAAGGCUACCUCCUGCAGAUCUUCACCAAGCCCGUGCAAGACCGGCCCACUCUCUUCCUGGAAGUCAUCCAGCGCCACAACCACCAGGGCUUUGGAGCCGGCAAUUUCAAUUCACUGUUCAAGGCUUUCGAGGAGGAGCAGGACCUAAGGGGUAACCUCACCGACAUGGAGGCCAAUGGCUCGAUGCCGGGCAAGUAGAAGCCGCGCUUCCUGCCCGGCCCCCGAGGCCCCGCCCAGCUGCGGGCUCGCGGCGGACCACGCCCGCCGUCCUGGGCCACGCCCACCCUCAGGCCCCGUACUGCGAGCCCUCCUUUCUAGCCGACUCCGGGUCACCCACCCAACGCUCCGCCCACACCGUGACCACGCCCCCUAGGUUGAUGCUCCUCCCUGCUCCCGCCUCCGGAAUAAAGCGGUCCGGGGUCCAA